AUGGACUCUGAGGGUCGGGACCAGAAGCAUGCUCGGGGGCCUUCCUUCAACAUUACUGCUGCAGAGCACGAGAGCAGCGGUGAUGAGGGCGUCGAGAAGCCGAGAACUCUACCCCCCGACUUGCCAACGUCACUAGACGACCGACGCUCAUUUCCAAGCUAUAACUCUGAAACAGAGAUAUAUGAUGGAUGGCAAGGACAAUCGCAAUUCCUUACCACUCCUAUGCCUACGAAACCACUUUCCUUCAACCUUGCCCUCGACGACCAUAACGCUGAAGAAGACUUCUACAACCCUCGCCUCCCAUCCCAGAGCUUAACCGGUGGUUCCAGGCUAGGGACUGGAGCAGGUGAUUCUAAUGAUGCCCGGUUAAUGGAAAUGCUAGCUGCUCAGGCGGCGCACCGUGAUGGGGAAAACGUCGAAGCGGACGAGGAUGUUAUUGCGUCUGACGAUAAGCUGUCGGAUCAGGAAAAGAAGGAUAUUCUGCAGCGAACGCUGAAUAUGGCUGCGAGUAAUGGGGAUGUAGGCCGGGUGAGGAAGCUGGUUAGUGGCAAGGCAAUGAAGUAUGUGGAUGUGAAUGCGCCAGAUGAAGAAGGGACUGCGCCGUUGAUUUAUGCCAGUUGUUUUGGCCACCAUGAGGUUGUAUCGGCGCUGCUCGACGCUGGCGCAUUUGUCGACCAACAAGAUCGCAAUCAAUGGAGUGCUUUAAUGUGGGCUAUGACGAACCGACAUAAGACCAUUGCAAAGAACCUGCUAGACCACGGCGCGUCGCCCGAUAUCAGAUCAUCUUCUGGCGGGACGGCGUUUGACUUUAUACAACCUGGAACUGAUAUUUCAAAGUAUCUCCAUGAAAAUGGCUAUAACGUUGGAUCUGCCGGUGGUGGAGAGGACUUUUAUGAUUCCGGGUUUUCCCAUAGCCGUUUCGAGGAAGAAAUGGCAGAAAACGAGAUGAAGAGGAGGAUGAUGAUGGAGGAGAGCGCGAUAAAUCUAGAAGUUGACCUGUCGAGCUUGGGUCUUGACGAGAAGAAUGAAGAUUCCCCUGAUGAAUUUGAGGAGCAGCCAGAAUUUGCCUGGGACCGAUGCCUGAACGACCAAAUGUUUGUGUUUCAGGAACAUGAAUUGGAAAGGAUAUUGGAUAUUGUUAUAACGAACAUGACCCCUCAACGAUCGCCUUCACAGAAACCUGUCCCUGCAAAUUUACUCUUCCUUUGCGCACGCUACGCGCAUUAUCACGCCAGCGCCGACCUCCUACAGACGCUCCUUCACUCCGCUACAGAUCGAAUCAACCGCGUGGUCGAAAAGCACCAGUGGGACAUGACCAUUUUGGCGUUUUGGAUAUCGAACGCUACCUUAUUAUUACACUACUUGAAGAAAGACGCCGAGUUGGUCGAAGCAACGGUCGAAUUCCAGCUUCAUCUUGCAGAGCUGAUCAAUGAGAUAUUUAUACUAAUCAUCCGCGACGCCGAGCGACGCAUAGAUAAAAUUCUGGACACAGCAAUGCUCGACCACGAGACUAUCCCGGGGUUUGAAGAUGUUCAGUUCCAGAACGAAUGGAAGCUGUUUAGAACCAAGUCGAAGGUAAAGCCGGAGCCAAUGGAGAAGCGGUACCGGCCACCGUCUCCCAAGAGACGGGCCGAAAUUGCUCCUCGUAAUGUGACAUCUCUGCUAUCGUCGACUCUGUUUGUGCUAGAUCUAUACGACGUCCACUCAAUUAUCACGACUCAAAUAAUAGCACAGCUGUUCUACUGGCUUGGGUCUGAGCUUUUCAACAGAAUUAUGACUACGAAGCAAUACCUUGCUCGAACCAAGGCGAUGCAAAUUCGAAUGAACGUAUCGGCCCUUGAGGACUGGGCACGUACGAACAGCCGACAACCUGAACACUAUGAAAAUGGCUCCGCGACUUGCACUGGUGAAAGCACAGUUGAGGCAGCCCGUAGACACCUACAGCCCCUCAUUGAACUGCUACAGUGGCUUCAAUGCUUCUCGUCGCUGGGCGAAGAUAUGGAUGCUCUGGUAGAGACGCUAGAACAACUCCAACGCCUUACGCCGAACCAGCUUCUCCAUGCUGUAAAGCUCUACCGAUCAGAAGUCGGGGAGAAGGGUCUUUCCAAGAACGCCAUGAAGCUCCUUCUCUCUGUACAAAAGGAUCCAUCGCAAUUACAGCAGAUUCUAGAACAGCAUCGACAGCACUCGAAACCGCCCCAAACCCCCGGUACAACAGGUUCAUUCACCGACCAUGCAAAGGAUGAAACGAAACCAUCGGAGGAACCACAAACCCCCAAAACACCACGAGUGCUGCCUCCUCCAUCCUCCCCAGGUGGUGCUACCUCGCCCGCGCCACCCCCAUCACCACAAAUAACUAUCCCCAAGAACGCCCCGCUUCUUCUCGACCCAUCUCUAACACUUCCUUUUCAACUGCCCACUAGCACCGAUAUGCUGGUAAGUUACGGGGCCGGGUUCGGUGGAGUCAACCGCGAGCGUGAACGAAAAUAUAUACCAACCGUGCCGACGGAGUUUCUCGUCAAAUUUGAUCGCGAGUAA